GAAGGUGGUACCCAAGUGUCGGUGUUUAUUAUCAGGGAUCUGACUCCGGAGGCGCGUCGCUGAGGUAUGGGCUGCGCUCCCAGUAUCCACGUCUCUCAGAGCGGGGUGAUCUACUGCCGAGACUCAGACGAAUCCAACUCCCCCCACCAGACCACCACCAUCUCUCAGGGCACCGCGGCCACGCUGCACGGGCUCUUCAUCAAGACCGAUGCGGCCGAGACCAUCCCCUCCGUCAUCACCUACCAGAGCCGGCACUCGCGCAACAACUCGUACCGGGAUCGCAAGGAGAACAGCGGAGGACACAUCCGCAUCGAGGCCGAGACGCAGACCAGCCACACCAGCGUCAAGGUUUCAGCUACAGAAGAAUGUGUGGGACCUAUGAGACUGACUCAAGAGCCAAUUCAGGUCCUGCUGGUGUUCGCCAAGGAGGACAGCCAAAGCGAUGCCUUCUGGUGGGCCUGUGACCGCGCUGGGUUCAGGUGUAACAUCGCACGGACGCCCGAGUCUGCCGUUGAGUGUUUCCUGGACAAGCACCAUGAGAUUAUAGUCAUUGAUGGACGCCACUCACGCUACUUUGAGCCUGAAGCUGUCUGCCGGUUGAUCCGUGCCACGAAGCCCUCGGAAAACACCGUUAUUCUUGCCGUUGUGCCACAAAAACCGCCUGACCAGGACGAGCCAUCUGUUCUUCCUCUCCUCUGUGCUGGAUUUAGCAGAAGGUUUGUGGAGAACAGCAGUGUGUCGGCCUGCUAUAAUGAGCUCAUACAGAUUGAACACGGAGAGGUGCGCUGCCAGUUCAAACUCAGGGCUUGUAACUCUGUCUUCACUGCUUUGGAGCAUUGUCAGGAGGCUGUGGAGAUCACCAGCGAGGACCAUAUAAUACAGUAUGUGAACCCAGCAUUUGAGCGGAUGAUGGGCUACCACAAGGGAGAGCUGAUUGGGAAAGAGCUGACCGAACUCCCCAAGAGCGACAAGAACAGAGCUGACCUGCUGGACACCAUCAACACCUGUAUCAAAAAAGGAAAGGAAUGGCAGGGCAUUUACUAUGCCAGGAAGAAGUCAGGUGACAGCAUACAGCAGCAUGUGAAGAUAACUCCUGUCAUCGGCCAAGGAGGAAAGAUUCGACAUUUCGUAGCCAUCAAGAGACCUCACAUUGACAACAACAAUCAGGUCCACAAGUUCAACAAGGAAGAGAGAUGCAGUGGGGAACAUUCUCAGUCAGAGUGCCAUUCUCUACGUCACCGGGACAGAAGGAAAGAUUCAAUUGAUGCCAGAUCAGUCAGCUCCCGUGGCAGUGACGCUCCCAGUUUACAGAAUCGAAGAUAUUCAUCGGUCGCCAGGAUUCACUCCAUGACUAUCGAGGCUCCCAUCACCAAGGUAAUAAACAUCAUCAAUGCGGCCCAGGAGAGCAGUCCGGUAACAGUAGCUGAGGCUCUGGAUCGUGUGUUGGAGAUCCUGAGAACCACCGAGCUCUACUCCCCUCAGCUCGCAUCCAAAGAAGAUGACCCCCACACCAACGACCUGGUUGGGGGGCUCAUGAGUGAUGGGCUGAGAAGACUCUCUGGGAAUGAAUACGUGUUCUGCAAAAAUAUGAGCCAAAGCCAGCUGGCCAUCCCAGUCACUCUGAAUGACGUGCCCCCAUCCAUCGCCGAGAUGCUGAAUGAUGAGGAGCGCUGGGAGUUCAACAUCCUGGAGCUGGAGGCAGCUACACACAAGAGACCGCUGACUUACCUCGGGCUGAAGAUCUUCACGAGCUUCGGAGUGUGCGAGUUCCUGAACUGCUCGGAGGCCACGCUGCGCUCCUGGCUGCAGCUCAUCGAGGCCAGCUACCACUCCUCCAACUCUUACCACAACUCCACACACGCCGCAGACGUGCUGCACGCUACUGCCUACUUCCUGCGCAAAGAGAGAGUCAAGAGCAGCCUAGACCAGCUGGACGAGGUGGCGGCGUUGAUAGCGGCCACGGUGCACGAUGUGGACCACCCGGGCAGGACCAACUCCUUCCUGUGCAACGCUGGUAGUGAAUUGGCGAUCCUCUACAACGACACUGCCGUGCUGGAGAGCCACCACGCCGCCCUCGCCUUCCAGCUCACUGUCCGGGACAGCAAGAGCAACAUCUUUAAGAACAUCGACAGGAAUCAGUUCCGGACACUGCGACAGGCCAUCAUUGACAUGGUGCUGGCCACAGAGAUGACCAGACACUUUGAGCACGUCAGCAAGUUUGUCAACAGCAUCAACAAGCCAAUGGCUGCCAUAGAAGAGACCAGCACAAGUAGCAUAAACAGUGACUGCGAGGGUCAGGCUAACUUCAGGAACUCUCCAGAGAACCGCCUGCUGAUAAAGAGGAUGCUGAUCAAGUGUGCAGAUGUGGCAAACCCCUGCAGGCCGCUGGAGCUCUGCAUCGAGUGGGCUGGGCGGAUCUCAGAGGAGUACUUCGCACAGACAGACGAGGAGAAGAGACAGGGGCUGCCCGUGGUGAUGCCAGUGUUCGACAGGAACACCUGCAGCGUGCCCAAAUCUCAGAUCUCCUUUAUAGACUACUUCAUCACGGAUAUGUUUGACGCCUGGGAUGCCUUUGCCAGCCUGCCCGGUCUCAUGGAGCAUCUGUCGGAGAACUACAAGUACUGGAAGAGCUUGGACGAGAUGAAGUGUAAGAGCCUGCGGCCUCCCCCUCCUUCCUGACCGGUUCCUAGUCGCCUCGUCUCAUCCAUCGCUCCGAGCAGGGUAGGACAGUGAACGCAGCCCUGCGGUGGAACAGUUAGUCUCAUCAGCUGUGACUCUGUGCCCUCCCAGGUGCCCACCCCCACCACACCACCUGAACCGGGCCCGAACGCGGGCAGCCGGGGACUCUGAGAGCAGACAUCACUGACUGCUGAACACGGAGACGCCGUUUCCACCUCAAAUCACAGCCUCUUUUCUUGUGUGGCUCUAGCUGGAGGUGGCGUUCUGCCAGUGGAGAACAGGUUGUCAUUUGAGGCCCCCCGUCGACGCUCAGUCGCCACUUUACGGCCCGGUAAAUUAUUCCUAAUAGCACCUCUAUGAAACUGUGUGGAACCCAUGGCUUCACCUGACAAUCUGUACCAUACAGUGUAACACACCACAAACCUGCACUUUAGCUGAUCAGGACAUUUUCAUUUUGCUUUAUUUGCUUUUACGGUUAAUUUUCUUUAACCGAAUCUUGCUGUUCGCCGUCUGUCCGUCUGCUUUGCUGUAAAAGAAACGUGGUGAAUGAGACGGUGACCAAAGCUGCAGGUACUGACUGAAAAUAAGGACCUAAAGAGAUUCUGUUCAUGCUUGCUGAUGAACGUGUGUGCACUCAAAGGUUCAUUUUAAAAUUGCCAACUUGUGAAGGUGCUCAGCUGGAAUUAUUAACACACGCUUUGACUUGUGUCUGGGACCAAAUUCUUACCAGUCAGAGGUCCCAGUCCCCGCUGAUCCAGUUUCCUACAGCUUAUUGGAAGUAUUUCAGAGAUUCAGAGACAGCUAGCGCACCAGCCAGCGCACAGGCUUUCUAAAUGCCCAGCCCCAUACACAGAGGCGGCAUCAGAGAAGGGCUGAUUCUGUGACCGCUGCAGGAUUUAAAGAUCAUGUAGCUACAUAACGGGAGGUGCGAUAUUUCACCCAGAAAUCUGCUGUUAUGGUCGUUCCUUCUGCGCCGUGGUCUUUCUGUGCACUGUGAAAUCAGCCAGUGGAGAUCUUUGUCAAGCCUGUGCGUCAGAACAAAUGGAGGAACAGAGUUGCACAUUGCACACUGCUCUGUGACACUAACUGUAGAUAUAUGCACGGUGCACACAUCUUUGAAGUCUUUGUACGUACUUGUGUCUGAGGCAGAAACGCACCUCACGGCAGCCUGACAGCUGUGUGAAGGAGCAGCAGAUCCAUGUUUGGAUACAGCCGCUGCAGAGCCAGCGUCUGCCUGCUGCCCCCUAACACUAAUCAGCUCCGGCUCUCCCACAUGGUUUUUGUUAAACAGAUUUUAUUUCAAACCUUGCAGCCAUUUGGCUCUUAGGGAGAAAUUUUGUUGCACACGAUUUUCAAAUUAUUUGCAUUCAAAGCAUCAGACAUGGCCAUCGGAUCGUGAGACUUCUGUGAUGUGUCUGCCCUCUGGUGGGUAGAUGGGGUCGUUGCAGACGCCUCCAGCUUAUCAGUAUCAACCUUAUUGAACCACAAUUUCAGGGACAGCUAUACAGCAGUAAGAACAGAUAAGCAUAUUGUUAGAAUGGAUGUGCCGUGGCCUUUUCCCUUAUGAAGUAUAUUAACCAGACUGACGUGAUGAAUAACUAAAAUAGUCCAAUAAAAUAAAUCAAAAGGAGACAGAGUGAAAUGAAAUAUAAAGAGUACUAGUAGUGAUUCCCCUUUUCGUCUCCAGGCUUGUUUACCUUCCGCCCCCCCCCCUUCACUGAGUCUAAUGAUCCGUAUGUUUUCUCUACGGUUCCUGCUCUCAGUGUCGUUAGCUCGCUCUGUUAGCACCAUGGCUUUCUUUUCGAGUUCUGUGACUUUGUUUUCCAGAGAGCUGGUACGAUCCUCACCGUCGAGGGUGGACCGUAAACUCGGCAAACUUGAGCUCCGUGAGAGCGCCGAUCUUUUCAGUAACAGUGUCAGCCACGAUGCUAGCCAUGCCGAGUGGGUGACCUCCCCCCCCCCCCCCCCCCCCCCCCCCCAGACGUUUAAUUAAUUCCUGUAUUUAUCAGAGCACUUUUAUUUUAAAUGUUUACCAUAUGAAGGUGUAACAGCAUUGAAAAGCACGACUGCCACAUCUGAAAUCGGUAUAUAAAUGAAGAGUAUUGGAUUUGCAGAUAUCCGUAAACUACCCGAGCUGCUUUGGUAAAAUCGUGUAAUUCCAUUACUGUCCAUCAGCGGUCGUUGUCUCAAGGCUCCAUUUAAAUGAUGGUCAUGAUGUGAGACAGGACAUGUUGCUGUGUGUGUACAGUGUGUGUGUGAGAGUUAAUCCAGGAAACGCACAUCGCAGUAUUAACCAAAGGCACAGAGAGCUCUUUACAGGUGCCUUAUUCUUUGGUCAUCUUUACAGAAACAAGUAUUUUUUGGUUGAAAUAGUUCCUCCUCCUCAAAAAAAAAAAAAAACAAAAAAAAAAAAAAAAAAAAACACAAGAGGAAAGCCAUACAUGUUUAAGAUAUAUAUAUAUAUAUAUAUAUAUAUAUAUGUAUA